UGGCAACACUACAAUAACACUGUUAUGGCGGUUUACAAUGUGCUAACUCAAAACGUAGUGUGUACGUAUAGGGCUACUGUUUGUUCUAAAGCUACUGUUUUUGUGUUAUUUAUUACGGGAACUACAGUAAUAAUACCCUUAAUUAUAGCGUACCGAAGUUACGGAUUCUGGAUCAAGGCAGAUACUUACAGGGAGCAACCAGAUGUGCAUUUCAAGCACAAGUUUAUCGCAGUUGCAGAGUCAAAUCAGUUGGACAAACCAAUUAUCUGCAGCAACUUCUGGAAUCUGAAUAGUAUUCUGAGUGACUACAGCCACUGUUCAGUCGUCAAGACAAGAGAAGAAGACAGAGAUAUUGAUGGAAAAAAUGAAUUACUGUUUUUUGAAAUGGAGCUUCUCUUACACAGAACUGAAGCAGUUUUCUCACUGAUACUCUUUCUAGUUUUUGAUUAUAAGCUCUAUAAGUACAGUGCAUUUCAAAUGGAGUCACUUGCCAUCAUUCAGCAUUCAUCUAGUCUGCCAGGUGCAAGAUUUGACAUAGUAGGUGACUUGAAACUAGUUCAAAAACAACCACUUUUUCAUGAUGGAAGAGAUGUGAGCUUUAAUUAUUCUUGCAUAGAUGAAGAAAGCACUGAUCCGCAAGUUUUUAAUUUGCAGAAAAUUAUAAAAGAAUAUGUUGCCAGGAAUGUUUCUACUGCAGUAACAAAUGCAUAUCCACUGUGGACCGUCGGAAGAGCCGCUGGUGCCCCAUUUGUUAUAUCAGCCACAAUUUACUAUCCAGAAGAUACUAUUUUGUAUAAGCCGGGUUUCUGGCAAGUUGUCAAGUGGGCAUGGGUACAAUAUUUAUCCGUGCUGGUGGUAAUAAUGUAUAUUACCAACAAAAUAAAAGCCUAUGUAUUUGGGAAUCACCUCAUUUCCAGCUUCAGAAUUGUACCUUGGAAAAAAGAUGUAUGAGUGCUAUUUCACAUGUUGACUCAAAGUAUAUUUACAUCUGUGAUAUUUCUGUGGUUAAUAAUGCCACUCAUAAUUUUGUAUGAACACUUUUUUACCUUUUUAUGUAAUAAAAUAGAUGUAUAGAAACUUUAUACUAUAACUUAAACCUUGGCCAGUAUGGAGAUCUUGCAGUAAACAGCAAAACGAUUUGCCUCAAGCAAGUUAAGUAAGAGCUAAGUGUAACAGCUUUAGAAGUGUUCGAAUAAUCCUUUAAUUAAGGAACUGAAAAAAAAAAUGGUGUUGCCAUAAACCGUACCAAACUUAGCACACAGAUGUGUGUUGUAAGUAUUAAGGGACUAAAAGAUAAGGAGAAAUUAAUUAUAGGGAUAAAAUAUGGAACUGUAGCAGAACUGGUCACUAACCUCUGAAAUUGAGACCCAAGUUAUGAGUCCAAACAGCAUUGUUUUACAAAUUUGUUCCUGUAAUAUAGAGAUAGUUGGCCUCCGGACUUCUACCCCUAUUCAGAUUCCAAUAUUUCUUGGAACACUUUGUUCAUACUGUUGCCAUCAAUAUGUAAGCCACGGAGAAUGCGCACAGCAUGUUAUCUCUCUAAUUAAAUCUAUUGCCAGUUAUUGACAAAACUAUGAAAUUAAUGACUAUCACAAAAAGAAAGUGAUCUUGACUACCAGAUAAUGUGUAUCUGGUUUAGAAAUUUCUUGACAUGUAUUAUGUGUAAAUGCCUCUAGAAGUUGUUUCAUGUUAACAAAUCCCUGUAUAACAUAAUUAAGUUACUUAACAUAAAUAAGGAGCCUAUUACGUACCCCACAUUCUAAAUUUGGUACAUUCCUUUGAACUACUACAUCAAGACACGGCCCUUUUAUUGACACAAUAGUAAUAAAACAAAGUCUGAUAAACAAUAUUAAAUAAAUUUGUCUGAAUUACUUUGAUGACAUAGUAAUUACUUAAGUCUGUUUGCCAUGUGCCAGUAACAGGAAUAUCAAAAGCUUCCACAAUGCUAGUAUGGGGCUUUAAUGGCUUCAUUUGCAUCUACAUAGUUACCCUGCAAAACACAAUAAAGUGCCUGGCAGAAGGUUCAUCAAAUCAUCUUCACGCUGUUUCUGUAUCAUUCCACUCUCGAAUGGCAUGCAGGAAAAACGAGCGUUCCUACAUACGUGGGUGCCAAAAGAAUAUUUUCACAAUCUGAGGAGAAAGUUGGUGAUUGACAUUUCACAAGAAGAGCCUGUUUUAAUGAUUGCCACCCCAAUUCACAUAUCAUGUCCAUGGCUCUAUCUGCCCAAUUUUGAAAUAUAAAACGAGCUGCCCUCCUUUGGAUGUUAUUGAUGUCCUCCAUCUGGUGUGGACUCAACACUUCAAAGCAAUACACCAGCAGAGGGCUAACAAGCGUGGUGUAAGCAGUCUCUUUUAGUAAAACUGUUGCACUUGCCAAUAAAUCACUGUCUUUGGCUUUGCUUUACCAACAAAAUUGUGUGUAUAAUUGUUCCAGUUUAUUUGUAAUUGUAAUCCCCAAGUAUUUAGUUGAAUUUAUAGCCCUUAGAUUUGUGCGAUAACAAUGUGACCUCUUGCUGUAUUCCUUCUGCCUCAGUACCAGUAUAUCCACAUUUAAGAGACUUAAGAGUUUCUCCAUCAAGGAAGGAGGUCUACAUAGCAUGCCUCAGAGAGUGUUGUAUUAAAGGCUCAGUUUAUAACUGCUGCAUGUAUUUUAGAUGAUGCUGUUUUGUUGUUUGGGCUCUCAAGUUUGAACACUGUGCGUAAUUAUUACAAAUUGUGGGAAAAAUGUGGCUGCAUCAGUGAAAGCUUGUGACAGACACUUGUGCAUCAGUUUCGUGAAUUAUCUCUCGGGCAUAUUUCAUACCACUCUCCGUGCCUCAGCAGAGUGACUCUUCCAUGUAUAUAUGAAGUCAGCCAUUGAAGUUCCCACUAUGAUAUUGUGUGCACACUGUACAUAUGUUUUUCGGAAGAGCAACCCAUGGAGCUGGUCUCAAUACAGGCAUCUAUUAAUGACAGUGUGUGUUACCUACAGUAAUUUCAAGUGAAAUUUUUGAAGUAUUUUAAAUGUGUACUUGGCACUUAUUCUGUCAGCUUAUCAGAGGCAAGUUGUGUAGACCUCCAUGGUAUAUUUCCAAGACACUGCCUGUACCAAGAAAUUUCUUUUGCUGUCCUCUACUCCUUUUUUGAUGAGUGCUGUUUCUUGAUACACGACAACAGUACCUUUCGGCCAUGUCACUAAACCUCUUUGCAUUAACUCUAUUCACAGCUGCUGUAAUAAAAUGGGAAGCUUCUGGAAAAAAAUUCUACAAACAUUCAACAAUGAAAAAUCAAACAGAAAAAUAAAUACACACAACAAUGAUAUGAAGUCAGAAGAGAUUUCCUUAUUUUAAAAGAGACUAUAAUCUGUCAUAACCAGUUAUCUUAGUAACCACCAUUCUCAACUAAGCUACCCUUCUGUCAUCCUCCAGGGCAAACAUUAAUAUCGCUCCACGGAUUUAUGUAAACUAACAUUUACUUUGAAGGUAUGUGAUAAGGACUGUCACCUCUCAUAAUGUGCAACCAUUCGGUCUUCACUGUGAAAUCUAUAAUUUAUAAUCCACUCCACUUCCAGCACCUAUGGGAUGGCUCAGUCUACAUGACUGUUGCGAGUAAGAGUCUGAAGGCCAUAAAAAAUACACCUGAAUUGUUCUUAAUUUUUAUUAUAAAUUUUCUUUUUCAGUAAAAGGAUUCUAAAGAUAUUAAUUACUCAUUGAAGUUCGACAUCACAAUAUUGUAAAGGUACUGUGUUUGUUUUGUACAUGACUUGUAUAUGUGCUAUUUGCACAAUUCAGUCUCCACAAUCUUAUAUUGUAUAGAACAGUUAAAAAUAUCCAAAAACGAAAAAUAUUAAUUACAAAGUAUUAUACAUGAUUGACAUAAGAUGUUCUUUCAAAAUAUAUCUGCUGCAUCAAUUGAGUUAAAUUAUUCCUGACAAUGAUUACCUUAUUUGUAUAAAGCAUUCUACGCAUUCUUGUAUAAAAUAUACCCACACAAAAGAGAUCCUGACAGCACAAGGAAAUCAAUUAACUGCUUUACACAAGCAGAUUGUCAAAUGGCUUUUCAACUGGCGAUGGCACAUCAUAUCUAUUGUCUUCAAGAAUUAUUG